AUGUGUAGUUGUGGACUAAAAAACAAAUUGAAUGUCUAGUAAUUAUAUUGAUCAUUAGUACUAAAAUAAGUACUAGCUUGAUAUAUUAAUUUCUAAUGGGUGAUUAUUACGAGAAUUUGUUUUCCUAAUCAAGGAUGUAAUAAUAUUAGCCAGCUAGGUCAGUCAUAUGUUUGAUUUUUAUAACACAAUACUAAGAAUUGCAUAGAUAAUAGAGAUUUGAAUGUAUAUAAGAUAUACAAGUAAUGCAUGGAUUUUUUUUUAAUAUUUCUUUUUUGACGAAAAUGUAUGAAUUAAUCUACAUAAUAUUUAAUCAUAAAAUUUGAGUAACUCGUUAAAAUAAAGUUUGAAAAAAAAUCAUGUUACAUCCCUAACUAUUCAAGACAUAUCAAAUCUAUUGUGAUUUUGUAAUAGUCUACUUGUCCAUUAUAAUUCAUGCAAGUGGUUCAAAAUCACACUAUCAUAAUUUGCUUAUUGGCAUAUAGCCAAUAUCUUUACCUAGGGUCAAUACUCAAUUAUAACUUAAUAAGUACACCACUAUACAAGAUCAAUAUAAUUAUAUAAUUCAAGCUUAUAAAUCAUAAUAAUAAAAAUAAAAUAAAAAUAAAAACAAAAGAUAUCAAAUUGAAUUAAUAUAAAAUGUUACGAACCUUACAGUAUCUAAAUAUAUUUUAAAAAUUUUAAACUCUACCUACAUAAACUAACUCGACACAAAAUUAAAAUUCAAAGUUCAUGUCAAUGAAUUUACAACUAAAAUGCCCGCAAAACCACCAAUAAAUUACAAAGUAUGAUUCUUGAUUUGAAGUAACUUGACAUUUUGACAAUAGAUUAUAAUUCAAAGUUCAUGUCAAUUAAUUUAUAACUACAGUACCCAUAAAUCCGACCAUCAAUAAAUUACGAAGUAUGAUUCUAGAUUUGAACUAGCUCGAGGCUCAACUCGUAGUCAUACGUAGUAUAUGGUUCGUUAAAACUCUCUCAGCUAUUACUCUAAUACUGCAUGCACUGCAGCUUGUACAUUCGCUAACCCUCCCCUUUCAUAUGUUCGUUAUGGCCCAUCAUUCGUAAAGUGGACCCCACUUUCCCGUACCGUUAUAUCCCUUCUUUUCAAAUUUUUCUCUCUCCUCAAUUUUCACCCACACUACAAAAACGGGGCACUAAACACAACACAACAAAAGCCUCAAAAUAAAAUCAAACAAAACAAAAACAGAGGAAAAGAGAACACAUGACCACGGUGAGGCGACCAAAAUGGCACCCACAACCACCGCAAACACCUAGAAUCCUCCACCUUCCACGGCGGACUACUCGCCGGAAAAUACCCACAAAAAACGUCCCUGUUAAAUCGACUUCCGAUGUAAGCUCGUCAUUUCUCAGACGAUCACAAAAGGGUAAACUAGAGAAUUUAUUUGACCAAGAAAGGUCAUUUUCUUACACCAUUCCUCCGGUUGUUUUACUGAACUCUAGCGAGAGGGGUAAAUACGAUAAUGUACCCGAGAGCGAGGAGGAGAAAUGGAGGUUUCAAGCUGAUAUGUUGAGGGCAGAGUGUAAUUUCUUGAGGAUGGAGAGAGAAAUUGCUGUUAAGAAGUUGGAGAAAGAAAGGGUAGUUUUGGAAAAGAGUUUGAAGUCUGCUGUUCAUACCCUUCUCUCUGGAAAGAAGAAAAUCCGGGAGGGCGAAAGCGGAAAUCCAACGUUAGAGGAGGAGAUUGAGGAGUUAGCAAAGAAGCUUGUAGAGCUACAAAGGAACUCAAAGUUGAAAACCCCUGAAAUUCAUAAUUGCAACUGUAACUUUGAUAAGCAAGCGUCUUUGCUUCAGAAACAACUCGAAAAAUACAGUGAAAUACAGGAUGAAUGUUGUGUGAAGGAGAUAUCAGAAGUAACUUCUGUUAGCCUUCCAAUCAAUUCUUCAAAGGAUGCAAACAUCAAAGGGCAUGGUUCCUGUCGUCGGUCCACCAGGUUUACUGAUGUGGAGACUUUGAGAAGAAAAAUGGAGGGGUUAUCAAAGGGAAAAUUACUUAAGAGAAUGGAAGAAGAGUAUGGAUACAUGUUGUCAGCAACAACUAACUAUUCUGUCCCCAGUUCAGCUUCUACUUCAAAACGACAUGACCUAGCCGAAUCAUCUUCCUUUCCAUUUCAACAAUCCUCACAGGAGGCAAAAUCAGGGGAGGUAAAAAUGUGCUCAGGUCGUUGUAAAGCUAUAGUAAGGAGGAUUAUGGAACAGGUAAAGGCUGAGACAGAACAAUGGUCUCAGAUGCAAGAAAUGCUAGGGAAAGUAAGGGAAGAGAUGGAAGAAGUGCAGGCUUCUCGCAAUUUCUGGGAAGAGCAAGCACUUGAAUCUGAGCACAAAAUCCACAAACUAGAUUCUGAGGUUGAAGAAUGGAAACAGAAGACAGUUUCUCUUGAGAAGAAGGAAAAUCAGCUGCAAAAACAGGUACAAGAACUGCAGCAGGAGCUUGAAAAAUUCAAGGUUGAAAAAAGAUGUGAGUAUGAUGUGAAAGCGAGUAAAGAUAUAGCACCAGUAUCACUUGGAGCUCAGCUUGCAAGAGAAAAGCGAAUGCUAAUGUGUCGUGUUAAAGGAAGCAAUCAAACAAAUGAAAAUGCUGAGAACAAAGAGAUUGAUUUCAGUGACGCAAAGAAAACAGAGCAGAAAACUAGUAGCAGACUAGGAUCGUUGAAUCGACAUCCAUUCAAGGAAAUAAGUAAUUUGUCAUCACCUCUUGUGAGGCAGAACAGUAGAAGAUAUGUAUACCCUUUGCAUAGUCCUAACUCCUAACUCCUAAAAAUUUCUCAGGUAGACCUUUGAGAAUGUUACUAAUGAGGCUUAGAAAUAAAGUCUUUUUUCUCAUGAUAAAAAGAGUGAAGUUUGGUCAUUUGAAUGUGAUCAAUUUUGUCUAGACUGUCAACAAUGGCUUAGGAAUAAGCUUUAGGCCUAUUUAUGGCAAUUUAAGUACGAAACACCAAAAUUAUUGCAUUACAUGAUCAAGAAUGAAAAUACGCAAAUUUUAUCACUAAUAAAUCCAUAUAAAUUGUCCACUUUAUUAUUAAGGAUUGAGAACAUAAUAUGUUAUACAGAGUAGUAUUUAUAAAACAUGAGACGACCCCAUUAAUCACCUUGAUAAUUGGUGUUGGCUUAUUGGGUAAGGACAACCUUUGUGAUGGAGAAAUAUUUGCCUCUUUUAUUCAAAUUGGGCUCGAUCUAGGCCCAAUUCAAAAUCCUUUUUUCAAGGGGGUGAUUUUA